AUGGCAGACUAUCUGAAAUUAUUUCAAGAUUCCUUGAAGGGUUUGGACACUAAAUUCGCUGGUAAUCAAAUUUUGUCUCGUAUUGAAGCUCAAACAAAAUUGCCAAGAUCAUAUGUUAUCGUUGGUCUUGUUGCUGUUUACUUUCUCUUAAUUUUUAUCAAUGUUGGUGGAAUUGGUGAGAUUUUAUCCAACUUUGUUGGAUUCUGUAUUCCAACAUACUAUUCUUUGAAAGCAUUGAAGACUGCCACAUCAACGGAUGACACACAAUUGUUAACUUAUUGGAUUGUUUUUUCGUUUUUGUCUGUGAUCGAGUUCUGGUCCAAGGCUAUUUUGUACUGGGUUCCAUUCUACUGGUUCUUUAAGACUGUUUUCUUACUGUACAUUGCCAUUCCAUCAUUCGGCGGUGCCCAACUUGUUUACACGAGGUUGAUUUCACCAUUCUCUGACAAAUACCUACCUAUCGUGGAAGGGAAAUCGGGAGAACUGGCCCAGAAAGUCGAAGCUGCUGCCAACAACGCUAAGGCUUCUGGAUACUCCCGUUAA